UUUUUCUUAUAAAGUUGUGUGGCAGUGUGCCCAACUCCAUCACCACUUCUCUCUCUUUAUCUCUCUCUCAAACUAAAAAUAUGAUCACCACGCCCAAAGGAGCCAUUGCAUCAUCAAAUCCAAGCCCUGAAUGCUGCAUGUGUGGAGAUUUUGGCCUUUCUUAUGAGCUUUUCCAGUGCAAGCUUUGCCAAUUCAGAUCUCAGCACAGAUACUGUAGUAAUCUUUAUCCCAAAGCCGAGACCUACCAAGUCUGCAAUUGGUGUCUGAGCCAUGAAACCAAAGAAAAAUCACACAACUCUUCGAAUUCAUCAUCAUCAAACAAGAACAGCAGCGAAGACGAUAGCAGCAAGAACAAGAACAAAGGAGGUACUCUAAAGAGCCAAAGGGGUAGUCUGCAGUUGCAAGUAAAUAGCCCCAUCAAGAAACAAAGGUCGCCAGAGAGAUCACCGGUGACCCGAAGGAGACUCAUCACAAAUGGUAGAUUAGAAGAAAAGCUCAUCAGAAGGACAAAAUCUGAAGAGAUUUCAAACAAUAUUGGGAUGACAAAGCAAGUUUUUAGAAAUAAGGUGAGAAGGUACAAGCUUCUUGAAGAGGUUUCAAGCUGAUGGGAUCUUAAUUCAUCAGUUAAAUUAUCGCAUAAGAUAAGAGUUGAUAUGGCGUUGUUGAUCUUGUGGUGGAAAUUUUGUUAAAAAAGUCUGGUUUCCGAUGAAGCAAUUGGAAUGGUACCCACUAGUCUACCGAGCUGAGAUUGGACAUUAAUGGAGGGGUCAUCUUCAAACUUGUUUUUCUCUAUCUUUUUAUUUUCCAAGAAGAAUUUUCAAGUGCCAAUACCAUAUCUUCAUUAACAGUAAAUGCCAGUCAUCAUAAUAAAUCGAACAUGAAUCAUCAUCAUCUUCGUCGUUACCAUCAGAACUAUAUACAACGCCGAUGCAUAUAUGUUUCAUGCUGUGACCAAUCACGGAAAGGUUAGGAAUGGUUACUGUUGCGCUCUAUAUCAUGUAGAAAUACUGCUCAUUCUCUUCCCUACGAAAUAUAUAUUUACGAUGAAUAAGAUAAUUAUUUUAGAUU